AUGGCUCUGAGUAGGGAACUUGUAAUAGACGAGUCAAUGAUAAAAUUCAAAGGGAGAAGCUCGCUCAAACAGUACAUGCCCAGAAAACCUAUUAAACGAGGAUACAAGGUAUGGAUUUUAGCGAAUAAAAAUGGCUACUGUCAAAAAUUUGAUAUAUAUACCGGUAAAGCGGAGGACGCCGAAAAACAAUUAGGUGCCAGAGUUAUUAAACAAAUGCUCAAUGGAUUGGAAAAUAAAGAGCACAUUGUCUAUUUCGACAACUUCUUCAAUAGUACCGAACUUUUGGAAGACCUGAAGAAAAAACUAAUUCAUGCCUGUGGUACCGUAAAUCCAUCGAGAAAAACUUUGCCGGUGUUUAAACCGGAUCGAAAAUUUGAAGUUUUUAGCAAUCCAUCAAGAAUUGUAGCUUUUAAAUGGAGAGAUAAGCUUAGCGUCUAUUUACUGUCAAAUUUUCAUUCUCCUUUUGGAACCACUGAGGUCAAUAGGAAAGAAAAGAAUGGUACUACAACCAAAGUUCGUUGUCCGCAAGCGCUGUCAGAUUAUAACGCCAUCAUGAAUUUUGUUGAUAAAUUUGAUCAAAAUCUGAAUUUGUACAAAAUAAACAGGAAAUCAAAAAAAUGUUGGCACAGGAUAUUCUUAUACUUUCUCGAUGCAGCAGUAGUAAACGCUUUCGUUUUAUAUAAAGAACUUCAUUCGCCAAAAAUAUCCAUGAAAGAGUUUAGAAGAAGCGUAUCACAAGGACUAGUUGCAGACCUGGUUAUAAAAAACAAAAGGAAAGCUUAUAGCUAUGGAGAAACAGUUGCUAAAAAACAGUUUAAGCCAUUCAUUCCCCUAGAAAUUAGGCACAACCAAAGUUCCCAUCAACCGGAAAGAGAUUCUCGGCGGCGAUGUGCAAAAUGCAGUACAUCAAAACAGCAAGUUCGUACCAACUGGAUAUGUUCGGUUUGUCGAGUUCCUCACUGUCUGGGGGCAAACAAGACAUGCUUCCAGGACUUCCACACUUUCGAGUAA